AUGCCUGUGGUUACUCGGUCUAUUUCCAAUGCUCUGAAGAGAGAGAAAUCGAAAUUCCCAUUAUUCAAACUUCCGAUGCUAUGUGUCGAAGAAAUUUUGUACCUGAUUGAAAUUCUAGAUCUUAUCCGCAUCUCAUAUCUUUCUAAACGAACACAUCGGAUCAUCAAAUCGUUAAAAAGUGCUAUAACAGAUUUGAGAGUGUUUGAACUGGGCGAAGAAUUUCUACUGCAAUUCUAUAUCAAGGAAAAAUUCGAAUCCGUAGGAAACAUCCGUGUGAACAAUGGGUUAGAACUACGCAACAAAAAAUCUUUGAGCCCAACUGUCGUGUUGAGUUGGAAAAAAAGAGUCAUCGAUUACAUGACUCAGCUUUUCAAAAUACCCGUACUGAUUUUGAUUAUUUACUCAGAUAAAAUUUCAGAUGUAUGUUUAGAAAACAUAAUAUUUGAUCAGGAAUGCCAGGAUUUGACUAUCCAUGGGAAACGACCGAUCAAUAAUGGAACUUUGGAAAAAGUAUUCGAGCUCUCCAAAAGUAAACGGAUUAUCAUGCAUGUGCCCAUUAAGCCAGGUUUUCAAUUGGACACUGAAAAAAUGAAAGGAAGAAACAUCAGUAUCAAGGAUGGGAGUUGGCUUAACUAUAAGAGAGACAACAAGUUUAUGGAAUUGUGUACCAAUUUCGAGUUAAUGGAUGAUCAUUUUGUAACACCGUUCCGCUUCGCAUCUUUUGUGGACAAAUGGAUCAGGAGCGAUGACAAACAUUUUGAGAAUUGCCUAGUUACAUGGACAAAUAUAACCGUCGAUGAUGUGGAUUUCAGAAACUUUCCAUUUAUUCCUUUUGAUAGAAGUCAAAGAAGCCAAACGUACAAAUACAAUAAAAAACUAGCGAUUGAUUUGGCCGAAGGUUAUGAUAUCUUGCGAGGAGACGGAACGCUUGCGACGAUUGGAAUUUUGGAAGAUGGAUUCUUUUUCGGUGUUUGGCAUAACCGAUUUCAUGAAAUUGAUGGUCAAGAAAUCUGGAUUUCUCGCAAAACUGGUUUAUUCUGA